GUGCCCUGCUCCCGUCGGCCGUCCAGUGACCCGAGGUGGCGGCGGUGGCCGGCCGGCGCGCGGUGCGAUGAGCGGCGCCUGCACGAGCUACGUGAGCGCAGAGCAGGAGGUGGUUCGCGGCUUCAGCUGCCCGCGGCCGGGGGGCGAGGUGGCAGCCGUCUUCUGCUGCGGCUUUCGAGAUCACAAGUACUGCUGCGACGACCCGCACAGCUUCUUCCCCUACGAGCACAGCUACAUGUGGUGGCUCAGUAUUGGUGCUCUGGUGGGCUUGUCCAUAGCAGCAGUGGUCCUCCUGGCCUUCAUUGUCACUGCCUGUGUGCUGUGCUACCUGUUCAUCAGCACCAAACCCCACACAAAGUUGGACCCAGGCUUAACCUUAGAGGCUACAGGCUCUGAGGAGGCACACCCUGACCACCAAGAUGGAAACACAGGCAUUUCAGUGGAGGUGACAAGAAUGAGCCCCCUUGGACAAAAUUACCCUUUCCUGAACCGACCGAUGGACUGCAAUGAGAAGCAGGCUCCAGAUCCCGAACACCUCCUUCAGCACUGCUUCAUGGCCACAGUGACCACCAGUGAUAUACCAGGCAGUCCUGCAGAGCUCCCUGUCCCCAGUCGAGACCCACAUGGGCCAGCCUCAUAA